AUGGCGCCAAUACGCAGAUAUCUGCGCAUUAGCAAAUAUUCUGUUCUCGAAUGUCGCAUAUAUGUCGAUAAUCCAGCUUUGGCAGAAAGUUGGCUACUCAAUUCAAGAAACCCAAUCUUGCCCCGAGUCAUCGAGAAGGUUCGUCCACUGGUUCUGCCAAAGUUGCGCGAAGAGCAGGAAAGGAGCAAGUCGAAGGGAAAGAAAAAAGGCGUGAAGGAUGUUGUUAGUGAUGAGGACUUCGAAGUAUCGAUAUUUUUGACGGAAACCAGUACACGCCAUUCUAUCAUUUUCAAACACAAGCAUUUUCGAGAUAUAAACAAGAAAGCUUUAAAGUCGAAUUCCGACAAACUUACUGGCAAUACGAAUGAUGCGCCAAUUGAAGUAGCUGAUGGCCCAGCUACUGUGAGAGAAGCAAGCGAAGAGUCAUUUUCUCUACAAGACAUACCUGAAGUAGGAGAUGAUUCAGAUUUAUUUAUUAGUGAAGAUGAAGGGCCUCACGGAUCAAAACGUUCAAGAAUUGGGCGGGAAUCUCUAGACUCUGAUUUUGGUCCUCUAGCGAAACGUCGGAAAGAUAGAGAAGCAUCAGGGAUGAUGACGACAAAAAGAAGAUGGCAAUGGAUACAUCUUACGAUGGAUUCUCAGUGA